GACAGCUGGAUUUUCAUUCGCGCAAGACUCACUGUUAAAAUCUAGGUUAUUUCAGUCUAAUAGAAUUUUAUAAGAAAGCGAUAUUUUGGAAAUUUAAAUAAAAAAAUUCCGGUUCCAAUAUGUUCCUCACCAAUAUUUUACUGAAAAAAGCGAAAGCCAAGCAAGUUUUAGUGUUAAUGGAGAGCGCAGUUAGCCAACAUCAAUUUAUGCAAAUCCGUGAUCGUUUGGGCGAUAAAUUGGAAGUGAUUCGAUAUGAUCCAUACAUUCAACAGCUGAGCGUAUACCGGGAGCGCAGAAAAGUCAAGAGCAUCCGUUAAUUCUGCAUAGCCAUUUCUUACUAAUGUAGUUGAAAUUUUGUUUGCAUACAAAAUAAAAAAUGAAAAUGA